AAGGUCUCGCGCGAAUAAAAUUGAUUAAAUUCCUACACUAACAUAAAAAUUGUAUCGAUUAUUAAGAUUUCUCAAAUAUAUUUAAUAAAAACAUGGACAGUCCAGGAUCAAGCACGACAAAUACGGAUAAUCUUUGCAAAUUAUGCAAUACGCGUGCUAGAAAAUACGUCUGUCCACGAUGUGGAGUAGGAUAUUGUAAUAUCGACUGUUACAAGUCUGAAGUUCACUUAGAAUGUUCGGAAAGUUUUUAUCAGCAAUGCGUGGAAGAAGAAUUAAAAUCUUACGAGAAUGACCCAGAAGACAGAAAGAAAAUGGUUGAAAUUCUCAAGAGAGUACACCAGCAAACUUUGGAAAACGUUGAUUUAGAAACUGAUGAUAUACGCGAUGAGGAGGAAGUAGAACCAGAAGAACAGUUAGACUCAGAUGAUGAGGAAGAUGUGCCAGACUUAGAAAAUCGAUUACGAAAUGUGAACUUAAAUAAUGCAGACGAAGUGUGGUCUGCUCUAACCGAUGCUGAAAGACAAGAAUUCGAAGCAUUAGUAAAGAAUGGUGAAAUAGAAAAGUUGCUACCUGAUUGGAUUCCAUGGUGGACUUAUCACAUUAAAAAGAAAUUGGUACAAGAAAUAGACCAAGAAGAUGACGAACAAAGAAUACAAGUCCCUCCUUUGAUAGAUGUUCCAAUAUUUAAUGAGUUACAAAAAGCCUCUCCGAAUGUUCAUUUUAAUCUAAUAAACGUGGUCUAUGCAUACGCGUACAUAGCAAAUUACUACAAUGGCGAUUAUUUAAACUGUCCUAUAGAAGCUACAGUCGUUUUUCUCGAUCUCUCCGAUAAUAUGAAACAAAACAAAGUAUAUGAAAAUGCUGAAUCAGCAGUAGCUUCGGUUGUUUGCAAUAUUAUUAACUGCAAUUGGUUGCCCCAAGACGAACUAACCAUAUCAGCUUUCAAAGAAGCUGCAGAUAUGAUAAUGCAAGGACCCGAAGAAAACAACAAAUAUUUUUAUAUCGCUAUAGCCCUCUCUGAAUUGCACAGAUUAUUUACAGAAGCAAAAACCGAAAUAUCCAAGCAUAAAAGUAAAACUGGAACCAAAGAGUUCUCGAAAAUGUUUGUGCAAAAGUAUAACAUGCAUAAUAUAAAUCUGACAAAAAAGAUUCUUCUUCUGUACUGCAAAAAAUUGGAGUACUAUUUAUCGUGGAUUAAAAAUAGCCACCUUGGAAUGUGUACAUAAAUAAAUAUAAAUAAUAUAUUUGUGACAUAACGUAUUUAUUAUACUAGGCAUGCUUAGUAUAAUAAAUAGUUUGUGCAAGUAUUCAUAGGAACGAUCAAUUUGACAUGUUAAUAAAUAUAUUUUAAUAUUAUAAGUCAAAGAAUCGUAAUAAUUAUGCAUUUAUACAAAAUAAACAAUUAUUGUUUAAAAUUUACCAGUGGCGCCAUCCAAUAACAACACUGAGAAUUACUUUUAUUACAAACUUGAGUGUUUUUCCACUGAUGGCGCCACUAGUACCGCUCACAGAGCA